CAAGCCAAAGAACUCAAGAGUGCGUCAGAUUUGUCUUGCCCUCCGAAGAUGAGCGUCACAGAUUUUGUUGAAUGUUUACUAUCCGAGCUGGGUGACACAACAACAUCCUCUCAGAGUUCACCCAUCAGUGACGAUAUCAGCUCUGAUUCAGCCUGUGGUGCAAGCGAAAGCAUGGCUGAUAAAGCACUUAAAAGAGCUAAGUCCUUUCACAGAAUUCCCAGCCUUAUGAAACUGUCAAAUAUGGCUUGCAAGAUGGAGACUUCCGUUCCUGGACAAACUCUGAGGAACGCGUCCUUAUAUGCCAAAAUCUUUGUGGAUGAGCUGUUAGUCCAACUGGACUCAUUUACGAAGUCUGAGGUAUCUGAGGAUGCUCAGUCAGUACUUGGACAAUGUUCCUCUGAUACAUCUCUCAUGUCUGAGUUGCUUGUAGACCAUUUAAUGGCUUACAUUCAAGAGGUCUCAGGUUCAUCCUUUGGAGACGGCAUACCUGCAACUGCUCUGGAUCGUCAGGUACCUUCUUUCCUUCAAAGCUUCUCAGCUAAGAGCCUCCAGAAAAUCCAGCAUGAGGAUACUCGGACCAAGGCAGCUCAGGAAGUGAGUAAAAUCUUACUCAAGUCUUCAAGCUUCCUUGUAAGUUCUCCACAUUCCCGGCGUGCUCACACUAGCCAAAGAGAUUGCAGUGUGGAACCAACUCCGUCUGAAUGUUUGGUUAAGGCAUUCGACCUCGUCGAUUCCGUCAUUGAUGGAAUUUGCGAACAUCUGGAUUCCACGAUAUUAUCCGAUGGUUUGAAAGAAACACGUUCUGAACCUUUGGAUUGGAUGGAAUCAGGUGUUGACGCCUCUGAAGGGAUUCUGUGGUACACUGCGUGUACUACUUAUAAAAGUGCGAUGAGACACCUAAGGGAUUUUUCUGCAAAGUAUCAGCAGAAAGCACCUAAGGUCGAUCUUUCAGAGAUCAGUGUUGGGGGAACUGUUGACAAGACAUUUCUGGCAAAUAAAGACCACCUUGGCUUGUUGUUGUCAAAUGAUCGCAGCUCAGAGGAACCAAACAUGGACAAACUUUCUUUAGAUCCAGACAGAUCUCGUCAUGUUGUGUCACCUGAGCACACUGUUUUACUUCCUGGGACCCCUACUCCUGAGUCAUCUAAGGGUAGAGGUAAGAUAUCACACCUUCAAAGACCAUCAGUGAUUGAUGAACAUGAGUCACCCAAGAGCAGAGAGGGGGUUUCAAUGGCCUCUUUACUGGGCACCAUGAUGGCCUCCCUGGGUUUGCAGAGCUCAGGUGCUUUUAACUCUCUUGAGGAGUUAGCUGCAGCAGCAAAAAGAGUGGAGGACCUGUUUUCGACCACAGCCCCUCAGGAGUUCGCCAAAAUGGUGCAGCUCAUACUGAUGGACAGAUUAACUUCUCUGAACAUGUCAGAGUCUGUUCUUGGCACGAGAAGACGGCAGAACCACACUGACCUACAACGGUCCUUUGCUUCUGAGUUUCUUGCUGAAUUUGCAGACGAGUCAGUAAAAUGUUUGCUCAUGUCUUGCAUGGCCCCUCGACCAGCUUCUACCACUGCUAAAGACAUUCCAAGUCUGGUGAUGCCCUUCAGAGUCACUCCUGAGAGUUUUGAGAUCUCAAGACCCCCAUCUGAGGUGUUUGCUGACACAAUGGAUCUGUUCUCCAAAGUAAUUGUGAACAGCGUGAUGGACAAAGUGUCGGCACUGUCUGAUCAUGAGUUGAAUGCUGUGGAUUCAAAUGCUGAAGAGACACCUGAAAGUGACUCACACAGCUCUGAAAAACUCAAGACAUCUCCUCCAACCAUUUCCGUGGAUGCUCUCCAUUGUUGCAUACGUGCAAUAUUACGCAAAGUACAGGAGAUGUCAUCCACUGGGGUUCAUGGAUCUCCUCUCUUAAUUGAUGAGGACCAGGUCCAGAAUGUUACGGACACAGUCAAAGGAAUUUUAGCCCUUUUUACUGCUGUCACAGUAGAAGAUGGAGAACAUGCUCUCAAAAAACUUCACCGCUCCAUCAUUGAUGCUGUGUAUGCAGAGGUUCUUCGGAGAAUCGGAUCCGAAAACCAGCUUAUUGAAGCUGUAAAAGCCCAGAGUGAGCUGUUGGCAGGAUCUCUGGCAGUCUCCAUCGUUAGGGCAAUUAAGAAUGCAGACCCUAAAGACUUGCACCGUCCUACAUUGGUUAAGUCUGGUUCCUCUCCCUCUGUCAAAGAGGAACCUUUGGUCUCCAGCCAGACCAUUGACGAUUUUUUGUUACCAAGCCAAGUGUCAAGCAGAUGCUUGCUUAAGUCGGACACAAAGGAUCAAGCCAGCCUGGCAACUUGGCUGGUUCUUCGAAAUCUGGCACAGUCAGCAGCACCUUCAUCAGACCUGACAAAAGAAGCGAGCUCCAACGAUCCGAAAGAGCUGAUUGAGAGAAUUCUCAGCGAGUUCUCUGCAUCCUCUGGUGCUGCAAAGCUAGAGGAAGUUCUAAGGGGUACGUUUGUUGAGCUCCUUCAAAGGUUUGGUAAGGGAGGUUCUCUGCACAAAGCUUUGAACCCUCUGGACUCUGCCUUUGACGAGGCCGUGAUGACUGCCUUACGGAAGCAUCUAGAUGCAGAUGCUUCAACUGCGGUGCCCGAAACAGGGCGGGCGAAGAACGGAAACUUGAAGAAGCUCAAGAACAUCAUCUUCCAUCUCAAGAUGCCAAAACUCAGCAUCUUCAAAAAGAAAUCCAGAAAGGACAAUAAUGACAGUCAUACCUCAGAUCAGGACCAUUUGCAGAGUCGCCGCACUGCUGAUAUGAGUGGAUCCAUCAGUGCGACUUCAAGAAAAGAGAAGCCUAGGAGAGCGUCUAUUUUCACCAGGAUGUUCUCCUGCUUUAGGAAAUAAGCUGCCUUGUGCCCCUUUCAGUUUGUUCAUAUAUUCCAUUAACAUCUUCAUAGUCUCUCUACAUGCUCCCAUUAGGCUGAAUCCUGCCAGAAAACAAAAUCACUUACCACGGUUAUCCUGACGACUCCCAGGUUUACCUCACUCUCUCACAAAAGCCUGUGGUCCCAUAGAUACUUUGAGUCAGUGCUCAGAGCAAAUCCUGCGACGCCCAGAGGAGGAUGGGUUCCCCUUUUGAGUCUUGGUUCCUCUCAAGGUUUCUUCCUCUUGCUCUUAGGGAGUUUUUCCUUGCCACUGUCGCUCAUUUGGGGCUCGGACCUGGAUUUUCUCUGAACCUGCUUUGUGACGCUCGUUGUAAAAAGUGUUAGAGAAAUAAAUCUUAAAUAGAAUUUUAGGAUCUUUUAUGUCCUCCAGCUAAAUCAACAAAGAAGUUGUUUUACUUGGCAGUGAGGAGGAAAGAUGACUGAAAGGUCAGUGCACACUUCAGAGCUCCAGUAUCUAAAGACCAAGUCAGAAACCUGGGUGUACUAAUGGAUCCAAAUCAAAGCUUUAAUCCAGCCUCCACAAAGUGCCUAAAAAACCUGAUAGGAAAACGCUGGUUAAAUUAAAGUACAGCACAAUAAUAUAUCUGCUGUAAAAUAUCAGCUGUCCAAAAUUCAGUUUGAAUUUUGGGAUAACACACUGAUUCCCCAAGCGAUGCAGGAUGUCAGCCUUCACCUGUUUAAUCCUAAAACUCUGUUUCUUUACAUAAACUGUAUUCAAUAUGUAGCAGAAACAGUUUUGGCCAAACAAAUGAAGCAUAAAAGUUCUUUUGGCUGCACUAAACCAGCUCGCCUGCUGCUCGAAGCUGGAAUCAGCUGCCCGAAGAUCUCAGAUUUGCUUGUAAUUUGUCCAUCUUUCACUUUCUGUUUAGACUUUGCACUUUUUUUAAUUCAUUUUAGUUUUUUUAUUUUCCCCCUUAUUUUAUUGUAUUGUUUUUAUUUUGCUUUUAUUUAGCACUUUGUAAAGCACUUUGAACUGCCCUUUUAUAAAUAAACAUGUAAUAAAUAAAUUUGCCUCCUGAAAUCUUAAUGACACCUUCAAAUUCAUGAUUCACACCGCAUCAUUUGUCAAUUGUCUAUUAGUAAAGUAAGUGUUAUGUGGGGUGUGCGGUAUUUCUUUUUGUGCUUCAGGUUUAGUUUUCUGUGCUGAAAAUGAAACAGUUUGUACAAACUGGACUAGUUUAAGGCAUCUUAUUAUUAUUAUUUUUUUAAUCCCCAAAAGUUUCCAGAAUCAAUGUUGUCUUCCAGAAGAUCGAACAUGCAGGGUCCCUCGUCUUAAUUCUCAGUGAAGUUUAUGGGGGAAACUAAGUGAAUGUUUUAUUUUCACUUGUUGGUUUUGGAGGCUGAUCACAGUCAAGAGAACCUGUAUGUGAAUAAAAAUGUAUGUUUUUGGUUUCAGUCAAUUAAAAUAAUCUGUUUAUUGGUAGAUUCUGUCUUUGUUCUGUUAACAAGACUGAAUUAAGUCUGAAUGCAAGUUUUCUUAUGAGUUGUUUGUUUUAUAAGGGAUUGUUGACUUUCUUUUUUAGAAAAUUCCUUGUUAACUUUAAGAUGACAUUCAGUGCCGUUUUGUGGGCUGCACUUCUUCAUGAUGUAGAACCAGAGAAAUUAUCUCUGAAAAGCAAAAUAUGAGUGAGGAAAGAUUGUAAUGUAGUGCAGCGCAUUUCUUUGAACUGCACUUUUAAAGGUGCAGAUGGUUUGAUCGUCACAGCCCCUUAAUUUCUGCGGAAUGAAAUGAUCAUUCAGAGUGGUUUGGUGUGAAAUGCUCUGUUCUAGAGAAACUAAGGCCCAUCCCAAACACAAAAGUACUCCAUCAAUGAAAUUACACAUUCACAGAUUAGCGUUGUGCAGUUAUGGAAGCGGAGAACAUUAGUGAUAUGAUAACAAAAUUAGAUCUCACAAAACCUUGUUAAACAGCAUCGCAUUACAAAUCUAAAGUUAUCUAGCAGUUUAUGAUCACUGUGGUCUGCAAAUACACAUCCAAACAACAUUCCAGAGCAGGGAAACACACCUUCCAGGCUUUAGGAAUAACUCGCCUUAAUAAUGCAGAAUGACCCACCAGCGAAGUUCACUGCUCGAAAAGAGAAGAUACACGAUGAUCUUUCAUCUGGGCAAACUUGCCAAACCCUUUCUCUCAAAGUCCACAAAUCCAUGAAUGAACUCAAGUGGGCAGGUGAGGAGAGCAGGAGAGUGUUUUUAGCUGCACUCACAAUUAGCCAUGUUUUUCUCUUGAACCUCUCUGGACUGAAGGCGCAGUUUUUGUCCUUUCCAGACUCAGUGAUGUUGAAAUCCUCUGGCUGGUGCACUCAAAAAAAUGAUUUUAUGGCCAUCAUAAACAUUAAACAAAUAUUUUACAUAAAACUUAUUUAAAAACAUUAAUAAUAAUAAACUUUACUUAUUUAUAUUCAUUAGAAGCAACCCAAUUUGGAUAAAUCCCAAACUGAUUUAAUUAAAUUGUAUAAGACCUGUUAGAUUUUUCCACUAAAUCUUAUUAGGAGGCAGUGCGCAUGUGCUAUAGUAACAGGAAACGCAUCAUCAACCAGGUAAUUGCUUCAGCUGGCAUGGUGGACAUGAAACAGCUCCAAUCUCCUGCCAUCCUUUGUUAUUCAGUGCAACUGCAAUGAAACAGUGAUGCGCAUUAACUUGUGUUUUUAAUGUUUUUGACCACAUAUUAAUGUUUUAUUUUGCUUAUUUUGAGAGAUACUCUAAACAACACCAGCGACCUAGCUAGCUAGCAUCCUUGUGUCUGCGGUCAUGUUAACGGGUACAAAAGGUAGAUUACAUAAACAGUGGGUGGGAUUCCGUUAAUAUUCAAAUCAACAGUUCAUGGUUUUUGUAACUGUAGGUGAUCUCAAAUUGCAUAAAUCCUACAAGCACUUCUAAUUUAAACAUUAAUUCAUUCAGGUUUAUUGAACAUGAUGGAGAAACAUAAAUUAUAAUACCAUUUUUUUCAUUGGAUUUAUGUAUUUAAACUGAAUGGAAAAUUGACAUGUAAUUAAAAAAACAUACGUUUUAACUAUUUUUUUGACUGUGGGUCCCAAACGUUUAAUCUCUAAUGUCUGCUCUAAUGGCUGGAACCAAAUUUACCUUUAACUUUGAUUUACUAACAUAACAAGAGACGGCGAUCCUCUGCUGUCUAGCACUGAGGAAAAGCGUAAUCAUAUAGACCUCAUAAGUUGUAAGCCAAUCGAAUCAGACCUGGGGAUGGUCUCUGGUGCUACUCACUCUGUAAAA